UCCACACUCCCGCUCUAGGGAAACGCUGUGCAUUGAGCGAGGGAACUCAACCGCGUGCAUAUUCACAGGCUCAGCUGGAUAUACACUCACCCUCACAGUGAAAAUACACGCUUACAGGCAUACGUCCACAUACCAGAUCAUCCAAGCACAGGAGAGAGGAGAGACUGUGACGGUCCUCUCAUCCAGCAUCCGCACAGAUUCGGAGUCGGAGCUCUCUGUGAGUGGCUUCCUGUCUGUGGCCAGUUACUCCUGUGAAGAGGACGAGGGGAGAGACACCCCCCUUUUCAGCAGCCUCCGCCGUCCCAGCGCACUCAGGGGGCCUACCGGAAUGUCAGGGGAGGGUAACCAUGACAACCAACCAGCCCAGUACAAUGGAGUCAAGAAGCACAGAACAUGUCUACCGGCUCCCAUGUUCUCCAGGAAUGACGUCAGUGUCUGGAGUAUCCUGAAAAAAUGCAUUGGCAUGGAGUUGUCAAAGAUCGCCAUGCCUGUGGUAUUUAAUGAACCCCUGAGCUUCCUCCAGCGGCUAACAGAAUACAUGGAGCACACCUACCUCAUCCACCAGGCCAAUGCCACCACAGACUCAAUCGAGAGGAUGAAGUGUGUUGCAGCAUUUGCCGUGUCAGCUGUAGCAUCACAGUGGGAGAGGACUGGGAAGCCUUUCAACCCACUACUGGGGGAAACCUAUGAGCUCAUCAGAGAUGACUUGGGCUUUAGGUGGAUGUCAGAGCAAGUAAGCCAUCACCCUCCGGUCAGUGCCUUUCACGCCGAGGGCCUCAAAGAGGAUUUUGUUUUUCACGGUUCCAUCUACCCCAAGCUCAAAUUCUGGGGGAAAAGCAUAGAAGCUGAGCCCAAAGGAAUCAUCACACUGGAGCUGCCCAAAUAUAAUGAGGCAUACACCUGGACUAACCCAACCUGCUGCGUCCAUAAUAUUAUUGUUGGCCAGCUUUGGAUUGAGCAGUAUGGCAACGUGGAAGUGAUCAAUCACAAGACCGGAGAGAGAUGCAGCAUGACGUUUAAACCCUGUGGCCUCUUUGGGAAAGAGCUCCAUAAAGUGGAGGGAUACAUCCUAGAUAAAAGCAAAAAGAAGCUUUGUGCAAUAUACGGAAAAUGGACAGAGUGCCUGUACACGGUUGACCCUGCCACCUUCGACGCCCACAAAAAGUCCGACAAAAAGAAUUCAGACGAAAGGAAGGGCAGCAAACAGAGCAACGUAGACGAGGAGCCAGAGGAAAUGCCCCCACCCGACGCCGAGACGGUCCAAGUAAUCCCAGGUAGUGAGCUCGUCUGGAAGAUAACACCCCGGCCAGAAAACUCAGCGAAGUUCUAUGCAUUUUCCACAUUCGCAAUGCAGCUUAAUGAACUAGAAAAAAGCAUGGAAGGAGUCAUUCCCACCACAGACAGUCGCCUCAGGCCUGACAUUCGAGCCAUGGAGAAUGGAGAUAUAGAUCUGGCCAGUGCGGAGAAGAAGAGACUCGAGGAAAAACAAAGGAUGGCCCGGAAAAACCGCGCCAAAUCAACAGACGAAUGGAAAAACAGGUGGUUUAACCAAGGACCCAACCCUCACAACAAAGCUCAGGACUGGCUCUACUUGAAAGGCUACUGGGACAGGAACUACACUCAGCUACCUGACAUCUACUAACAAGCAGAAACACACACAGAUUCCUGAGGCGUGGGUGUCUGGUUUUUCCACCUUUGGACUUCUUUUUGCUGUACCUGGUUUGUGCUGGGCCUCCUGAUUGUAUCAGGUCAAUGAAACUGCACACACACAAUACUGUAAUAGAGUCCAUAUACAACAGCAGGUGGGUAAGGGGUUCGGUUUAGGAAAAUAUGCCUGGAAAUGUCUUGAAGCAAGAAAAUUCUGUAAAAUACUCUGAAUGCCCAGAGGCAUAUAUACUUCAUUUGAUCUGUGUGAACCUUAAAGCACAAAAACUGUUUUGCUUAUUUAUUGUGGUUUUUGCCACUUAAGUAUAGUAUAGGCAUGUAUUGGAAAAACUAGAAUGUAUAUCAGAAAUAUUUCAGGUAGAUAGUUGGGAGUGUUAUACAAUAGCCUUGGUUUUAUUGUUUGAAACGUGUCUGUACUUCUUACUGCUUAUGAAAACAUUUUACUCAACUGAAGCCAUAUGAGUGCAUGAUGCAUCCCAAACAUCCUGACUAAACUGCUAUUUAGCUUUCAUGCUAAUCUUACAAGGUGUUAAAAUAACACUUUUUUGGAAAAUGCAGGCCUUUUAACAUGUCCACUGUGCACUAUUAUAAUCUAAACUUAUUGGAUGUUGAACAUGUCUUUAAAUGCUAAUUUUCAAAGGCCUGAGCAGAUGAUUUCCAAUCACAAUGCAUCUGUUUUUAAAGAUGAUGGCAAGUAAAAUGUUACCAUAUCUGAUAAGAAAAGUGACAGCAUUUCAUAAGUAAGACCUAAAUCUCAACAAUAAUAAUAUUAUUGUUUAAGUGAUCUUCAAAUGAUAAUCUAUGUAUAGAUAUUUAUAGAGACUAAGUGCAUUGCACAAAAAAUCUACCUGAGGCUAUAGACAGUAGCAUUUCUUCUGUCCGACAGUUACAGUAUACUAAAGCAGGGACACUGCUCUGAUCAUAUAGAUUUGUGUGUGUGCGUGUGUGUGUAAAGGUCUUGCCAUAGUUCUAUUUAGCUACAUUCCUAGUGUUCUAUGCAUUGACUUUACUGAAACCUAUCACAAUAAUGCAUGUGCAUCACUAUGACUAUGCAAGCCUUACCUCCUUUACAAUCAAGCACUGAAUAUUCUAUUUGUUGUGAAUAGCUGCUGUAAGCUUUAACUUUUUCUGUUACCACUGUUUGGGUAUCACAACAGAAUUUCUAUUGUUGCUAAAUAAAAGCUUAAUGUUACUGAA